GCUUGUUUUGCAUUGCCGAAGUUGAUCGUGCGCGCGCCUUUUGCUGAGUUUCAAUAGCAAUCAAACGAUCGACAAAAGCGCAGUUGCCUGAAGGUGUUCAAAAUGAAGUCAUCGACAUUGGAUAAAAUCAGCUGUUUUCUCGCCGAGCUGCUUGGAACGGGAAUCCUCGUGUUCCUCGGCUGCAUGGGCUGCGCCGGCACCGACAACCAUUUGCAGAUUGUGCUCAACUUCGGAUUCGCUGUUCUAAUUGCCAUUCAAUGUUUUGGCUGUGUGUCGGGUGCUCAUCUCAAUCCCGCCGUCACCGUGGCAGCCUAUAUCUAUGACAUGGUCUCCUUGCCCAUGGCUUUCAUCUACUUUGUUGGCCAAAUGUUGGGCGCAUUUAUUGGUUAUGGUCUGCUCAAGGCGUUGCUUACGACGGAUUUAAUUAAGACGGGAGCUGGAUUGUGUGUUACACUGCCCAAAUAUGUCACAACUCCUCAGGCCUUUGGCAUUGAGUUUGUGGCCACUGCCAUAUUGGUCAUCGUUUGCUGCGGUGUCUGGGAUCCUCGCAAUUCCAAGCAUCACGACUCUGUGGCCAUUCGUUUUGGCCUGGCCAUUGCCUGCUUAGCCUGCUCAGCGGGUCCAUAUACCGGCGCCAGCAUGAACCCAGCCAGAUCCUUCGCCCCUGCGCUCUGGAACCAACACUUUGAUAGCCACUGGAUUUACUGGUUGGCACCGCUGAGCAGUGCUGCCGUUACAGCCAUCGCCUACAAGGCAGUCUUCCGCCGGGAGGUGGUUGAGGCGCAGAUCACAUCUGACGAGAAAAUCCGUCAUUUGGAGGAUGUGCAACUCACAUAGACAAUGCUACUUUGAGUGAGAAACAUUAGGCAACUCCACACUUAAGCAAAUGUAACUAGUUUUAAGCGUAGACCAACAUGGACGAAUUUUAUAUUCAUGCUAAUGUUGUUCACUAUUAUACACUUUCGAUAAAUAAAGAAUAGAUAUUUUUUCUAUCUCAA